UCGCCUUUUUUCGUAGAUUUUUGAACUUACUAAAAUACUCCAUUUUGUUGUCAUGUAAUAUAGUAAAAUAAUUAAUUUAAAUGUUAUACAGUAACAUAACUUAUUGUAGCAAUGGCAAUGUAAUGACUGGAAAAUACUUCGAAGCAUUCAAAUGUUGAUACACUUGCGUUGUUUGAAAGUGGUAAAUGAUUAUUGUGUGCUAUUCCCAGUAAUAUUUUGGUCAUUAUGAAAAUAAAUGAAAAGAAUUUAACCGCUUUCGCAUCGUCUGCGACUCCGGUAGACCGCGACGGAUGGCUCGACAUGCGAGGCGAGAUUGGAAAGAGCUAUCAAAAGCGUUGGUUCAUGCUAAAAGGAAAUCUAUUGUUUUAUUUUGACAAGAAAGGUGAUAAAGAACCAGUAGGAGUUAUUAUCCUUGAAGGAUGCACCAUAGAACUGACAGAAGAAGAAGCAUAUAGUUUUAAAAUAGUCUUCCAGUGUGAAGGAGGUCGCACAUACUUCUUGUGUACUAAUUCACAAGCAUCAAUGGAGGCAUGGAUGAAGACUCUGGCCUGUGCGAGUUAUGACUACAUGAAGCUUAUGGUGGCUGAACUCCAAAGACAACUGGAUGAGGCACAAGCUGAGGCAGCAGCGGAGGCAGCUGCAUUAGUGACGAUCACACCGCCGGAGGAGGAGCCAAAAGUGCCGCCGCGGGGGCAACGCUACAAUCCCUUCAAUAGAGGUCUGGAGACAGAGAGUAAAACUGUGCAUGGCAGUCGACACCACAAAGAGAAUCUCAGGCCAGAUGUGCCCCGCAAGAAAGUGCCUUUCCGUGACAUCCACACGGCGUACGGAAGAAAGAUUCUAGCGGAUCGAAAUGAAUGGCGCGCCAAGCUAGCCAAGCAAAAGAUUACAACCGAUCACCCCCUCAUACAGUUGUAAGCGAUUAUGGCAAUCACACCUAAACUUUUGACCUCUAAAUAUGUAAUGAAACAUAUAGAAUUUACGUUAGCCUUUUUGUCGCAAAGAUGGUUCACUAAAGAGAGAGAGCGAGUCCUGUUGUAAAAGGAAGAAACAGCGCUAUCUCCUUUAAAGCGACAAGUCGAACUUUCUUAAAAAGACAAAGUCAAGUAUUAUAAGUGGUCUGAAGGGACAGGGACAUAAAAUUGUGAACACGGUUAUCAAUACAUUGUAUGCAACGCAGUAGGAAACCACAGAUAUUUACUUACGAGUAAUAUCUUGGA